AUGCAAGACUCUUUUGCUCAGAAGAAGCAAAGUAUACUUCGAGAUAUAUCAACAAAUGGACCCGAGAACUUGGACGCGUCUCCAAAGGGAACCAUCGAUGAUCAUUGUAUACCGAUAAUAAAUUUAAUCAAUUCGCAUCGUGAUAUGGUGACAACAUCUUCAUGCUCUGGAAGAGUUUCAGUAUACUUGGAGGGUACCCAGAAUAAGUUAGUACUGAAGGGAAAUGAAGGUAAAUGGAUAUUUGUUACCCAUGACACGUCGAAUCUUGAGAACUGGUACAAAUCAAUUGAUUUCCAGUACGUGCAUGAAUACCCAGCAUCAUCGUAUGAAACAAGAUCUAUAUUGUACAAAUUUGAGGCUCUAAUAUUGCAUGUCAAAUGUCGAGAUCAGUCUGCAGCUAACAAACUAUACUCGGUUGCGAUGAAUUGUGGGUUUAGAGAGAGUGGCAUAGGAAGCAAUUACAAUGUGGCCAUUAGAACCUCAAUUAAAUUGGAUGUGCCUAUUGGAUAUUUAGAAGGUGGUGACAUUUAUCGAUGUUUUGUGACAGAGGAGUAUUUGAAAUUCAUCACCAGUGUGUCAUUUGAUAGAUUUCAAGAAAACUUUAAGAAAUUGGAGCAGUUAAACAACGCCAUUGAAAAGAAUAUCAUCAAUGCACCUUUGCGUGCUGAUGGUGAUGAUCAUGAUGAUGAUAACACACAACAAAAGGGUACAAAAAAUAAAGACUGGGAAACUAUUGAAGAAAGACGAGCACGAAUGAAACAAGAAGGUUUACAAAGAAAAGAAGAAUUGAAAAAAGCCAAAGAAUAUGCAUCCAACUGA